AUGGAGGAGGCGAUGCAGGCGGUAGCGGAGGAGGGCCCCAGCGUGGCCAAGAUCUACAAGCAGCAGCGCAGCCCUUACAGCGCCCUCAAGACCUUCCCCAGCAGCCGGAGACCGGCGCUGAACAAGCGCUACGAGAGACCCACCAUGGUGGAGAUCCCUCAGGUCAGGGCGGGCGUCGGGCAGCAGCAGCAGCAGCACUUCCAGCCGCUGCCCGCCGUCGGCUCGUCGUCGUCCCUCAGCGAGCACCAGCUGCCUUACCAGGCGCACGGCUCCUACAACGGCGCCAGAGCCUCGCAGGGCCACCCGCCCAGGACGCCGGCUCCGCAGCUGGGACAUCAGGCAGCGGCUCCUGCCGCCGCUUCGUCGUCGGCCAGGUACGGCCACGGCCACCAGGGGGCAGCAAGCAGCAGCAGCAGCAACGAGGGAAGCGGCAGCCUGGAGCUCAGCGCAGAGAGCCGUAUGAUUCUGGAUGCCUUUGCCCAGCAGUGCAGCCGGGUUCUUAGUCUUUUAAACUGUGGUGGGAAAUUUCUGGACAACAGCCGCACUCAGUCUUUGGCUUCCUGUGUUAAGCAGGAGAGCCUGAGCUUUAGUGAAAGACCAGAGCAGUGCCAGAUUGGGAAAAUGGUCCAUAGCCAAGUGUCAGACAACUUGGACCUAGAGCUGCAGUACAUGCACAAGAAGCAGCAAACCUCUGCUUUUCUGAGGGUCUUUACCGAUUCCCUUCAAAACUAUUUGCUUUCUGGAAGCUUUCCAUCUCAGAAUGCUUCCUCCGUGAGUGAUUUUGGCCAUUUGGCCGACGUGGAUCCACUUUCAACCUCUCCAGUGCACACACUGGGUGGAUGGACAUCCCCAGCAACCUCUGAGUCCCACGGCCAUCCAUCCUCUUCCACGCUUCCAGAGGAGGAGGAGGAAGAAGAAGAGGAAGGCUACUGUCCUCGUUGCCAAGAGCUGGAGCAGGAGGUCAUUUCAUUGCAACAAGAAAACGAGGAACUCCGACGGAAGCUGGAGAGCAUUCCAGUGCCCUGCCAGACUGUUUUAGAUUACUUGAAGGCUGUUCUUCAGCAUCACAAUCAGCUUAUGAUUCCUCAGCCAGCGGAGCAGCCAGCAGAGGGGAGCAAACAGUUGCUUAACAACUAUCCUGUCUACAUCACUAGCAAACAGUGGGACGAGGCAGUGAACUCCUCAAAGAAAGAUGGGCGGCGGCUCCUUCGAUACCUCAUCCGAUUUGUCUUCACCACCGAUGAGCUUAAGUACUCGUGCGGCCUUGGGAAAAGGAAAAGGUCAGUGCAGUCAGGAGACACUGGUCCUGAAAGACGCCCUCUGGAUCCAGUAAAAGUAACAUGUCUCAGAGAAUUCAUUAGGAUGCACUGCACGUCCAACCCUGAUUGGUGGAUGCCUUCUGAGGAACAGAUAAACAAGGUGUUCAGUGAUGCCGUGGGACAUGCACGGCAAGGCCGUGCGGUGGGGACGUUUCUGCACAACGGCAACUCGUAUUACGAAGGGAUUGAGCAACACAGUUCGCAAGAUGACCUCUUCAACAGGGGCAUCCACGAUGGAUCUGGAGACUGAUGGCAAAGAGGAGGAAACACACACACGUGUAUUGGGGCAGUGAAAGAGACUGCGUGUUUGAUGUGCUGUUUGACGUGACUUCAGAACCCAAAGCAUGUUCAGAGUCUUGUUUCAUCCAAGGCCUUCCUGUGAAAUCCCAUAGUGUCUAA